AUGCAAGUCGGCACAUCUUCUUCCUUCUCUCUUCCAUUACUGCCCCACAACAAAACCCAUAAUUACACCUCCAUACCCUUCACCUUCAAGGGGCGCGAAGCAAAACCCAGUGCCCGGUUCCCGCCUAUUGCAUUCUCAGCUUCUUCAACAACCAAACAUGUCUGGAGGAGAACGCCGCAACUCAAAACGACGCCGUCCUCUUCACCCUCCCACCAACUUACCCAGAAACGCCACCCCAGAAAUCAGCAAGGACCCUCCCAUUUGGACCACAGCAUUGACAUGGACGAGCUCUUGUCAUCAAUCGGUCAGACCCAAAACGAGCAAGAGCUGUAUUCUCUAAUGUCAACCUACAAAGGGAGGCAGCUCUCAAUAAGGUUCAUGGUUUCGCUGCUCUCGCGCGAGCCUGAUUGGCAACGCUCGCUCGCUAUUCUCGAUUGGAUUAACGAGGAAGCUCUGUACACUCCUUCUGUGUUCGCUUACAAUGUUGUGAUACGCAAUGUGCUUCGCGCCAAGCAGUGGGAGAUUGCACACGGCCUGUUUGAGGAAAUGCGCCAAAGAGCGCUUGCACCCGAUAGGUACACUUAUUCAACUCUUAUUACGUCUUUUGGGAAGGCGGGUAUGUUUGAUUCUGCGCUUUCUUGGCUCCAAAAGAUGGAACAAGACCACGUCUCAGGCGAUCUUGUUUUGUAUAGCAACUUGAUUGAGCUAUCGCGUAAGUUGUGUGAUUAUUCUAAGGCGAUAUCAAUUUUUUCGAGGUUGAAGAGGCUGGGUAUUAUGCCGGACCUUGUGGCUUACAACUCGAUGAUUAAUGUGUUUGGGAAAGCUAAGUUGUUCAGAGAGGCUCGACUUCUGCUCAAAGAGAUGAGGGCACUGGGUGUUUUGCCGGAUACUGUUAGUUAUUCGACGCUUCUAAGUAUGUAUAUUGAGAACCAAAAGUUUGUUGAGGCAUUGUCUGUGUUCUCUGAGAUGAAUGAGGUUAAAUGUCCCCUUGAUCUCACCACCUGCAAUAUUAUGAUUGAUGUUUAUGGGCAGCUCGAUAUGGCUAAGGAAGCUGAUAGGUUGUUUUGGAGCAUGAGGAAGAUGGGACUUGAACCCAAUGUUGUUAGUUACAAUACUCUUUUGAGGGUUUAUGGCGAUGCUGAGCUUUUUGGGGAAGCCAUCCAUCUUUUUCGAUUGAUGCAGAGAAUGGAUAUUGAGCAGAAUGUUGUCACGUACAAUACGAUGAUUAAGAUUUACGGGAAGUCCCUUGAGCAUGAAAAAGCUACAAAUCUUGUGCAAGAAAUGCAGAACAGAGGGAUUCAGCCAAAUGCAAUGACAUACUCAACGAUUAUAUCUAUAUGGGGUAGGGCUGGGAAACUGGAUAGGGCAGCAAUGCUGUUUCAAAAGCUGAGGAGCUCCGGGGUUGAGAUUGAUCAGGUUCUUUAUCAGACAAUGAUUGUGGCGUAUGAGAGAGUAGGUUUGGUUGCUCAUGCUAAGCGUUUACUUCAUGAGCUCAAGCGCCCAGACAAUAUCCCUAGGGAGACUGCAAUCACCAUUCUUGCAGGAGCUGGUCGCAUAGAAGAGGCUACAUGGGUUUUCCGCCAGGCUUUUGAUGCUGGGGAGGUGAAGGAUAUAUCUGUCUUUGGUUGCAUGAUUGAUCUUUUCUCAAGAAACCGCAAGUACGCAAAUUGCGUUGAGGUGUUUGAGAAGAUGAGAGUGGCAGGAUACUUUCCUGCUUCGAAUGUGAUUGAUCUAGUUCUCAAUGCUUUUGGAAAGUUACGGGAAUUCGAGAAGGCAGAUGCUUUAUAUAGGGAGAUGCAGGAAGAAGGGUGUGUUUUCUCUGAUGAAGUUCACUUCCAGAUGCUUAGUCUCUAUGGUGCAAGAAAGGAUUUUAAGAUGGUAGAGGCACUGUUUAAGAGGCUGAUGUGUGAUCCUAACAUCAAUAAGAAGGAGUUGCAUCUUGUUGUUGCCAGCAUCUAUGAAAGAUCAAACAGACUUAAUGAUGCAUCCCGGAUCAUGAACAAGAUGAAUGAAAGAGGAAUUUUGAAAUCAUGA